GACGAAUUGCUAAAGAGUAGUCGCAAACAUGGCGGAUAGAUUAACGCAGUUGCAGGAUGCUGUUAAUUCACUUGCAGAUCAGUUUUGCAAUGCAAUUGGUGUCCUCCAGCAGUGUGCACCACCAGCUUCAUUCAGCAACAUUCAAACUGCUAUAAACAAAGACCAGCCCUCCAAUCCAACAGAAGAAUACGCCCAGCUUUUUGCCGCCUUGAUAGCACGGACUGCAAAAGACGUUGAUGUGCUGAUUGAUUCACUGCCUAGCGAGGAGUCUACUGCAGCAUUGCAGGCUGCAAGCUUGCGCCAGUUGGAGGAGGAGAACCACGAGGCUGCAUCCCGUCUUGAGGAGGUGGUUUAUCGAGGAGACAUGCUGCUGGAGAAGAUACAGAGUGCCUUGGCAGAUAUAGCUCAAUCCCAACUCCGGACCAGGAGUGGAGCACCCAGCCAGCAAGUUCCUGAGUCUUAACAUCAGAGGGCAGCACUUGGCUACAGAAAAAAGUAAAGGAGCAAGCAGACCUUGUGGGCUUCAUCCAUUAACAGUGCAAGCUAGAAUUAGUUUUGUGUAGUUUUUGUUUAAGACUCUUCAACAUGGUGAAGUUGGAGUGGAGAGUUUACAGGUUUUCCUUUGGGUAUAGUCUGCCAAUCACUAUUUGUUAUUUUAUAAAUAGGCUGUGCAUUCAUACGUGACGACAGGAAUGUAACUCGUCCUAGCUGGAGCAUUUGAAGGCGUUAUAUGCUUUUCAUUAUUAAGUGACCAUGGUAUUGUCAUUGUGAUGUUUUACAGGCAGAAAGUCCAAAGGUUUUUCUUUUUACCUUGGUGCCUUUAACAGUGCAAUCACAUAUAGUUACUAAAUUGUUCCCUCCAAGUCUUUAAUAUGAGUCUGUUUAAACAUAAUACAUUUUGAAAUACAUAAUGGAGUCUGUGUGAGAAGAGGAGUGAAUAUAUUCAAAGUGAAUUUAAACAUUUGAAACUGUUUAUUUGUAUUGCGAUAUACAUGUUUUUUUUUUUUUUUGUUUUUUUUAAAUAAACUUGGCCGAUGUCUUGUUAAAGAUACACUGUAACCCUAAAAGCACAGAAAUGUUUGUGCAUUUUCAAAAGAGUAAAGUCUAGAUACAAUAUUAAAGUAUGUGUCAGUGAAAGACAAUAAAGGUUUGGGGGUUAA